CUUCAGUCGCUGCCAGCUGCAGCUGUUGGUGAGUUGUCUUUGGCCGUUGCUGUCGUUUGUUGUCUUUGUUGUUGUUGCUGGAAAAGUUAAAAGAGAAAAUGUGCUGGCAAUUGCACAAGAACUAGCAGCAAAAGCGAAACAAUUUAUAAAAACCAAAAAAGCAGAAGCAUAUUGAAAGAUAUUUGCAACAAUUGAAAUUGGGCUGCCGAGAUGCCGCCGCACCGAUGGACAGACGAAACGCGCGACGCCUCCUGUUACUAUGGCAACAGUGUUGCAAGCGCUGCUGGUGGCGCCUCCAGCGAUGCGGACGAUGACGACACGGAGGCGGAUGACGAGCGGCAGGCGUUCUGCAGCGGCGACAGGCCGCUCAUCAGAGCUGCCGAGGAGCUGGGCCAGGCGGACAGCUGGCUGCAGACGCGUCACAUCUUCGGCCUGAUGGGCUUUCUCGGCUUUGCCGUCGUCUAUGCGAUGCGCGUGAAUCUCUCCGUGGCCAUUGUGGCCAUGGUCAACCAGACGGCCAUACCGCACAGCAACAGUUCCGUGUUGGCCAACGAUACGUGCCCGACGCCCACGUCGAACGGCACCUCCUUGGGCACUUUUUGGCGCCGCCUGCCGCCGUCGGAGGGUGAAUUUGUGUGGGAUGAGGCCACCCAGGGUCUGGUGCUGGGCAGCUUCUUCUAUGGCUAUGUGCUCACCCAGGUGCCCGGCGGCCGCAUGGCCGAGCUGCUUGGCGGCAAACGCAUCUAUGGCUAUGGUGUCCUGAUUACGGCAAUUUUCACGCUGCUAACGCCGCUGGCGGCGCACUGGGAUCUGCCGCUGCUGGUGCUGGUGCGCAUACUGGAGGGCAUGGGCGAGGGUGUCACAUAUCCGGCCAUGCAUGCAAUGCUGGCGCACUGGAUACCGCCGCUGGAGCGCAACAAAUUCGCGGCGAUUGUCUAUGCCGGCUCCAAUAUUGGCACCGUCAUUUCCAUGCCCCUAACCGGCUGGCUCUGCUCGCAGGACUUUCUCGGCGGCUGGCCGUCGGCAUUCUAUAUCUUUGGGCUGCUGGGACUGGUCUGGUUCGCCUGCUGGAUGUAUCUGGUGUACGACAAGCCCAGCGAUCAUCCGCGCAUUUCGCGCAAGGAGCGCGCCUACAUUGAGCGCUCGCUGCAGAUGCAGCAGCCCCAGCUGCUGGUGGAGGAGCAAGAGCAGGAGCAAGAUGAGGAGCAGCAGGAGCCGGAUCUGGCGCAACUGGAUGAUAUACCCUGGCGUUCGCUGCUCGGCAGCGUGCCCCUGUGGGCCAUUCUGCUGACGCAGUGCGGCCAGAGCUGGGCCUUCUACACGCAGCUAACGGAGCUGCCCACCUAUAUGAGCAACAUCCUCCACUUUGACAUCCAAUCGAAUGCGCUGCUCAAUGCGGUGCCGUUUCUAACCUCCUGGUUCAUGGGCAUCGCCUGCUCCGCCCUGGCGGAUUGGAUGCUCGCCCGCCGCUACAUAACGCUGCUCAACUCCUACAAGCUAUGGAACACGAUUGCCUCUGUGGUGCCCUCGCUGGGCCUGAUUGGCAUCAUCUACGUGGGCUGCGACUGGGUCUGGGUCACAUUCAUGCUCGCCGGCGUCGGUUCCUUUGGCGGUGCCGUCUAUGCCGGCAACCAGAUGAAUCACAUUGCGCUCAGUCCACGCUAUGCGGGCACCAUGUACGGCAUCACCAACUCGGCGGCGAAUAUAUGCGGCUUCCUGGCGCCCUAUGUCAUUGGGCUGAUUAUCAAUCAUCGCGAGACCCUGACCCAGUGGCACAUUGUCUUCUGGCUGGCGGCGGGCCUCAAUAUCGCUGGCAAUUUUAUCUAUCUAAUCUUUGCCAGCGCCGAUGAGCAACGCUGGUCUCUGCAGCCUCCGGCGGCGGGCAGGGCCUCCGGCUCCGCGGCGGGUCGAACGUUGCGCAUCUAGCGGCUGCUCCAGGUACCUAACACAAGCCCAGACUUAAAACGUAAUAUCCAUUUAGAGCAUAAGCAUGUGUGAUAAUUCCGAGCGGAAUGUUUUCUUUAGUUCCCAAGACGACGACGAUGACGCAGUAUUCCUUGUGAGUGAAUCUAACCCUUGAACAAAACACACGCUAUCCCGAUUAUUGUUCAGUAAUCCUCCAGCGGCUUCCAGUGGAACCAAUGUUAAGCUUAAGAAACACUUUGCAUUAAUCUGACCAUGACUUCCAGUAACCUUCCUUAGUUGCAACAGCUUAUGAUUUAUGUUCACUUCCAGCAGCACUUUUUGUUCGUUCAACAGCUUCCAGUCACUUUCCAGUAGCUCUUAGUUGCAACAGCUUAUGAUUUAUGUUCACUUCCAGCAGCACUUCCAUUCAACAGCGACUUCCAAUCACCUUCCAGUAGCUCUUAGUUGCAAAAGCUUCUUUAUAAUUAUUCCAGCAGCACUUCUUGCUCUUCCAGCAGCUUCCAAAACUUCCAGUGACAUUCCAGCAGCACUUAUUUCAUUCCAACAGUUUCCAGUGUUUUUAUUUAAGUUCACUUGGUCAGUCUAGAAGAAGGUGCCUCCAAUGCUCUUCCAGCAGUAUUUAUUGUCCUUUCAGCGGCUUCCAGCGACUCUUCAAGUGUUGAGACAAAACAUUUGGCGGCUUUCCAGGCGCUUCCAGUGGCUAUUAGUAUCCGAUAGAUAUAUGUUUAGCCUAGACAGACUGCUUCCAGCGGCUUCCAAUGAUCUUUUGCUGACUUUCCAAUGGCUAUUAGUGUGGUUUCUUUUACUGUACCAAUUGUUAGGCGGAACAGUAACCGUUAUCGCUUUUUACAACGGACUGUGUUUUGCUAGAUGUUUUUAUAACAGUAUACUAUAUAUGCAAAUACAUAUAUAUAUUCGUUAUACGACUUAUAUAAUCCCUAUACGAUAUACAUAUAUAUAUAUAUAUAUAAAUAUAUAUAUAUAUACACAAACUAGGCUCUACGAUGGACCUAUAUAGCUUUAGUGGGGCGCCAGUGCGGUGGCCCAACGAAAUUUUACGAAAUAUAUACCAUAUACAAGUUAUAAAUUAUAUAUAUAUAUAUGCCUUUUAUAUAAGCUAUAUAUAUGUGUGUAAAUAGCAUCGAAUGGCAUCUGAAUGCCACUUGGAUAUAAACUAUGCAAAAAAUAAAAUCGCACAAACAUAUCGUAAUUGUUGAAAAUGUAA